AUGGCCAUGGGGCUCGUCCAGCACAUCACUGCUUCCCUUCUCUGCCUCGCUGCAUUUUCCGCUGCAAUCCCUCACAUUGCAAACAAUGAUCAGACAGUCCGUUCUGUAGUCCCUUACGGCGUAAUUAUCGACAGAUGUACCGUUCCGGGAACGGUGGCCUUGACGUUCGACGAUGGCCCGUGGAUCUACACCGCGCGCACCCUGGAAAUUCUCAGGGAGAACGGCGCUCGAGUGACCUUUUUCAUUAAUGGUCAGGCUCUAGGAAAUAUAUAUGCCUUUUCUGGACUUGUUCAGCAAGCUUUGGCUGAUGGCCACCAGGUCGCGUCGCACACUUGGAGCCAUCCCUUUCUUCCUGCGUUGGAUCGCGAUGCCAUCAUUGGCGAAAUGACGCGACUUGAAGCUGCGUUUAUGGACGUCAUAGGUGCCUUCCCAACGUAUAUGAGGCCGCCGUUCCUUGCUGUGAACGGUCUGGUGCUGUCGACGAUGGCCGAGCUUGGUUACCAUGUUAUCAGUGCCAGCACGGAUACGAAAGACUAUGAAAAUGAUGAUCCCAACUUGAUCCAUCGGAGCAUUGAAAAGUUCCGGAACGAACUGAAUGCCGGGGGCACGAUUGUCCUAGCACACGAUGUGCAUCAGCAGACGGUGGACAUGCUUCUUCAGGCUAUGCUGGAUGAUGUUCGAGCCAGAGGGCUGACACCUGUCCCUGUUGGCGAAUGCCUGGGCGAUUCUCCUGGUGAAUGGUAUCGGGCUUGGUAG